AUGUGCAGCGUCCCCCCAGACUUGUCCGACGAGGUCCCCCCGCCUUUGGCAACACCGGCGCCUUCUGGCCCUUUGUCCGGGUUGAUCGCAUGGGGGAAGCGCGUUUCUGCGAAAAGAGCGGGGCAGAAGGCGGCCGCCCUGCGCAAUUAUGGCCUUGCUGCUUUUCUUUCGUACGGUUUUUUUGACGCCUUGACAUACUCACUCUCCUUUUUGCUCGCCCUACGCGCAUAUCUGGCGACUGGAAAGGUGCUUACAAUGAGCACACUGCCGCAAGUUCUCGCCCUCAUGUGGGGAAUUAAUAAUCUUUCAAGGCCUUUUCGUAUCGCAGGGGCCCUCGCCCUAGCGCCACUAGUCGAUCGCCGCGUUGUCAAGCCAUGCGGCCGCUUCCUUCGCCGCCUCCGCGAAGACUUGUCCGUGUCUCGCUGUUCUCACCGUUCCAGACUCCCUAAAUCUGGGAACAGAGCCUCUGUGCUGCCCUUUGAAGCUGAAACCCCAUCGUUUCUUGCGUUGUGGUUCGCAAGUCUUUUGUGCCUCUCGUCAACUACUUGCGCCCUAUUCUUUGAAGAAGGGGCUGAUCGUGUAUCACGAAAUCUUGACAAAGCUAGGCGGUUAAAGCAACCACUUCCCUAUUGGGAAAUGGCUGGUCCCUCAACUGGACCAGGCCCACUUGAUAUCGAGAGCAGAGGGGAGUUUGAGGCAGAGGGAACAUUGUACGAAACAGAUGGGAAGCGCGUCAAUGGCGUCCGUUCAAUUUGGCAACACAAAGUAAGUGCUGAUAUCGUCCUCAACCGUUUAAGCACCGACGCCGCAAGAGGAUUGACCUUGGCAGACGCCGAAAAGCGCUUGGCAAAGUACGGACCAAACAGGCUCAGCCCGCCGUUGCAGAAGCCCUGCUUUCUAUGUGUGCUUGCCUUUUUGUCGGAGUCAGAUGAGCCCAUGCAUCUCUACUUGGGAGUCUUUCUAUUUGUUGUCGUCGUCACAACGUCUCUAUUUUCAUAUGCUCAACAGUUCAAAUCGGACAAGACCCUACGCGAGUUCCAACACCUUUUGCCGGCGAAGGCAGUCGUGCGACGCGAUGGUGGGUCUACAUUUGAAAUAGACGCGGCUCAACUUGUUGUUGGGGAUAUUGUAAAGAUCAAGAUUGGUGACAAACUCCCAGCAGAUAUCAGGGUUUUGUACAGCAACAGGUUUACCGUUGACAACUCUUCGUUGACAGGGGAAAGUGAACCCUUGGAAUUAGUACCCGAGAUGACUUCCACAGAUCCUCUGGAGACAUCGAAUCUGGCCUUCUUCGGCUGCCUAGCACUUGAUGGAUCAUGCACUGGGGUCGUGAUCGCAACUGGAGAUAGAACAGUUUUCGGAGAAAUUGCCGCACUCACGUCAGCUACGGACGGUAAACAAAGAAAGACCACUCUGCAACGUGAUAUCCACCAUUUCGUCGUCUUGGUCUCCGCAUUCGCCUUUGCUGUCGGUGCGCUGUUCUUUACGACUGGUCUUAUCACGGGCACACGCUUCAUUCACAAUUUCGUCUACAGCAUAGGCAUUAUAGUCAGUAAUAUCCCUGAAGGUUUGCUCGCAACCGUCACCGUCUCCUUAACGGCCUCAGCUUACAGAAUGUCAAGAAAAAACGUGCUGGUGAAACGGCUAGACGCAGUGGAAUCUCUUGGGUCGACCACAGUGAUCUGCUCAGACAAAACGGGGACUCUUACACAAAACACAAUGUAUGUGUCUCAUGUAGCACAUGGAGGACGGAUCGAAACGAUCGAUGCCAAUUGGACAUAUACACGACCUGCCGAUAGGCAAGAUGGGGAAGUGAGGACAGCCGAUAUAAUGCGAUAUCCUGAGAAAGACAUCAUGGAUCGUGUCGUUGUCGGGAACCCCUCAGAGGCAGGUAUCUUACGCUUUACAGAACGUAUUCAUUCCACGCAGGAUUUCCGUCGAAGAAAUGAUUUACUAGCAACAAUUCCCUUCAACUCAAAAAGAAAGUACAUGAUAACAUGUCAUCGAUGCCAAGACUCGGAGCAUCUCCUAAGAGUCGUGAUGAAAGGUGCCCCUGAAAAGAUUUUAUCGAGCUGCUCAGAAUUUAUUUCAAAGGAAGGUGUGAGAAGUCUGAGCGAAAGAGAUUUUGCUUUACUUGACAAGCAGGUGACUUAUCUCGCAGGAAGAGGGGAGCGCGUUCUAGGAUACGCGGAGAAGCGACUAUCUCCGCAACUUUCGGCUCGCAUCAUGAACGGUGACGGCUCAAAUCCCUCCAUUGACGAAAUUCCGACGACAGGACUCUGCCUCGUCGGGUUUGUAUCUUUACUUGAUCCUCCUCGAGCUAAUGUGCCAGAAGCGGUACAAAAAUGCAAAGAAGCCGGUAUCCGAGUCAUCAUGGUGACUGGAGAUCACCCAGAGACUGCCCGAUCAAUUGCUCAGCAGGUGGGAAUAAUCACUAAUGCCGCAAUCAUUAGCGGUGUUGAACUCAGGGAUGCCGACCAGGAGAGAUGGAAAGAAAUCCUCUCGCGCCAAGAAAUUGUGUUUGCCCGUACGUCUCCGCAGCAAAAAUUACAGAUUGUUGAACAGCUCCAACUGCUCAACGAGGUUGUAACAGUCACGGGAGAUGGUUGCAAUGACGCGCCUGCACUAAGACAAGCAAACACAGGAAUCGCAAUGGGAAUAUCAGGCUCUGAUGUAUCAAGAGAAGCCGCGAACAUCAUACUACUCGAUGACAAUUUCUGUUCCAUCGUAGACGGCGUGGAAGAAGGCCGUCUCAUUUUCGACAAUCUGAAGAAGAGCAUUGCGUACACGCUCACCAGCAACGUGCCACAACUUGUUCCUUUCUUAGUCUUUAUAAUAUUGCAAAUACCCCUACCAUUGACGACUGUCUUGAUACUUUGCAUUGACCUUGGCACCGAUAUAUUUCCGGCCAUUGCUCUCGCGUACGAGCGACCGGAGAGCGACACUAUGAAACGUCCGCCCCGAAAUGCGAAGUCGGAUUAUCUCAUGAAUGCGCGUCUGGUUUCUUAUUCUACACUGCAAAUUGGUGUGAUGCAAUCAUUCGCUGGAUUCUUGGCGUACUUUAUUAUAAUGAACGACUAUGGUUUAGGCCCUCGAGGUCUUCUGAAUUUGAGUGCAGGUGCCCACUUUGGAUCAGAACGUAUUGGCAAUCAGAGAUGGUUGUAUGCAACACAGGAGAAACCGUCUGGAGCUGCCUUCAACGCAAAUUGGUUCACGCGAGAUGAUUUGAACUUCGUGAAGUACUUCGCGGCAAAACAACCUGGAUUUCUCCGACAAGCAGAGGAUCGCUUUGAGCUGCUACCCGCUUCUUCAACCUCGAAGAACCAAGAGAGCUCUGACGGCAAACGCGCGGAUCCGAAAAUGUUUCAAAACAUGGUCAAGGUAAUAGGGUUUGAGACAAACCGGCCCCCGUGCCACGCAUUCUCAUGCAAGUUGGAUGGAAAGAAGGGAAACUCAGAAAACGACAUCGCAUGUUUUGACCCCAAAUUAAACACGGGCCUCAUCUCCCUACAUGGGUUGAAAGCGGGAAAAAAGAAUGUCAAUGUCAACGAGGGCACCGGCCCCACGAAGGGAUGUUUCAGCCUCUGGACUCCUCGGCGAGAGCGUGAAGUUCUCUGUCGUGCCCAGACAGGUUUCUUUGCAGCUAUCGUUAUUGCCCAGGUGUUUACUGUUUUUGCAUGCCGGACCAGAAUAUUGAGUGUCUUCCAGAACGGCUUGAAGAAUUCUGUGCUGAUGUUUUCCAUACUCGUCGAACUCGCUGUAUCUAUCGUUCUUGUGUACCUGCCAAUGCUCAGGCGAGGAUUCGAUGUCCGGCCAUUGAAGCUUGUCCACUGGCUGCCUGGGAUACCAUUCGGGAUAUUCAUACUUGCCUAUGACGAAUGCAGAAAGUGGCUCAUAAGAAGACACAUCGAAAACGAAAGCGGACUUGUUGUACCGCGAAGUGGUAGAGUCGAUCGCAUUGCAAAGUGGGUGAACGAUUAUACGCUAUGGCCAUUAUCUUCAGUCUCAGAUUUCUUAGUUCCUUACCUUACUUAUCUGUUCAUGAAUAGCAUCUGCAAAGACAGUAGAGAAUAG